GCAGUUCACGAGCGAGACACUGAUGAUUCCGGGGGCUGGGGGCGACGCGAGCGUCGCAGACUGGACCAGAGGAGACAAAAUAUCAGCGGUUAGCUGGGGUCCAGCACGGAGACGCCUCGAUUGCAUUUUUUUUCUUAGCGUUUCUUUGAGGAGAAAAGUGGUGCCGUUCAGGCUUGUGAGUUUGGAUGGGCUGUUUGCCUCUAGAGGAGACUGACCUGAUUCAUCUUCCUGCUCUCCUCCCCACCCCUCCAUUGCCCAGCCUCCAGCAUCUGUAAUGUGAGCCUUUCCUGGCAUCUUCUAGAAGACAAACCAAGGCAGAAACAAGAUUUUUUUUAAUACCCAAGAAAAGUGUGCUUCAAGACGUGUCCAUCGGUUGUCUUUGGGAAGACGUGUGGCUGUGCGUGAACCACACACACACACCCCCACUCAAUCUCACGUCCGGGGCUCCUGGAGGAACAGCUGCUGUUCGAUUCCUCUGGAGCCGACAGCCUCUUCCUCUUGGUGAGAGUCUGAUUUACAACAUGGCCAAAAAACACAGCCCCAAGGAUACCUCAGAUGUGGUGUUUGAUACGCACUCCAAAAUGGUGAUGUCACAAGGAGGCACGUUUGGGAGAAUGAAGGAAAAGAUAAAUGCUGUCCGAGCUGUGGUCCCCAACAGGAGCAACAACGAGAUUGUCCUGGUGUUGCAGCAUUUUGAGAAUUGUGUGGAUCAUGCUGUGCAGGCCUUCGUGGAAGGAAGUGCUGCUGAAAUCCUGAAAGAAUGGAAUGUAACAGGAAAGAAAAAGCCUAAGAAGAAAAAGAAACCAAAACCGCAGACGGGGAGUCAGACGGAUUCCGUCCAGGCCGAAUGCACGUCUCCGUCUGACGGCAAGGAUGCGGUGAAUGGUCUCCACGGCAACGGCUCCGGGCUUGACGGAGACUCUGCAGACUCCCUCAGCGAGCAACUCGAUUCCGCCUCUCUGGACACGGUUGAGCUGGACUGCAGGUCCGCCGUGUCUGAGCUCACAGAACCGGCUGCAGGCACAGGUAUGGAUUUCAAACGCAUUGCACCAAACCCAGCCUCUGGAGGUGGCCAGGGAGGUCAGCGAGGCAAAGCUGUGCUGAGGCCUUCAGGAAGCAAGGCCCGAUUCACAGCAGGCUGCAGUGUCCAGCCAGCAUCCUCAUCUGCCCCUCCCUCUGCGGAGAAUGGUCAGAAUGCCAGCGCCGUCAACAAAAAAAUCGCACCAAACAUCGACAAGUCUGUGAAGGAUCUGCAUCGCUGCACGGCAUCACUCACUCGUUACAGGGUUGUGGUGAAGGAUGAGAUGGACUCUUCCAUCAAGAGGAUGAAGCAGACCUUCUCUGAGCUGCAGAGCUGUCUUAUGGACAGAGAGGUGGCCCUGCUGGCGGAAAUGGACAAAGUCAAAGCAGAAGCCAUGGCUAUACUGGACGCCCGGCAGAAGAAAGCGGAGGAUCUCCGGCGACUGUCAGAACAAUCAUCCUCCAUGACGGAGGACCAGCUUGGUGAACUCCGCGCGGACAUCAAGCACUUUGUGAGUGAGCGGAAGUACGACGAGGACCUGGGAAAGGCCGUCAAAUUUACCCACGAUCUGGAGUCUCUCAGAAAGAGUAUCAUGAGCUUUGGACAAGUGUACCACCCCCAGACAGGCUACUCCAGCCGCUCGCUCUGCAGUUCAGCCUCGUCCCCUCUGGUCGGAUCAGCCAAACCAGGGAUGCAGGUCCUUCCUCAUGGCUCGGCCCAGCCGCUCAGGCCGGCUCAUCAAAGCGGCGUUCGGCCAGCCCAGGGUCUGGCUCAGCAGCCCGGGGCCCAAAGCAUGAAUGGUGGGCCACACCUAGACCGGAACCUCAGUCGGCCUCACUACCGCAACCAGAACAAUCGUGGGCAAAUGGCAGCCCCCGACAGUGCCUCUCAUCCUGCCCCGCUCACCCUCGGCGCCAGGAACGGUUUGGUGCAUACCGCCACAUCUGUGCCCCGGCAUUUCAACACCACUCCAAACGGGCUCCCCCAAAGACGGCCACGGGAACACCGCCCUUGACAUCAACCUCCACUCAAAUUCACAUUAGGCCUGAUGAAGAAUCACAGUUACGUUUAAUCCAUUUUUUGUAUGUGUGUGUGUGUGUGUUCGCUCUAUCGUCACGUUAAGGUUUACUUUGAAUCUCCCUUUGCUUCGCUGUGGUCCUCCUUCGUCUAGCUGUAGUCGAUCUGCAGUCUGUCCCGUGACAGCUAGCACGUUUCUGUUGGCACUAGCAGUUUCCUAAACGUCUCUAUUUCAUGUUUGCUUCAUUUUCUGGGGCAGGAUGCCUUCCCCUGUCAGCUCUUGAUUCUAGUCAACAGCUGUUGAGCACUGCAAGGCUGUGUGGGGAAGCUCUGCUUUUCUGGAGGAUAUAUACAGAUUAUAUGAUAUGGGGUGGGGGGUUUACCCCCCGGGGUGGAAAUGCAUGGAGGGUAACUUUGUAGCAGUGUAAUCACACUCUGUAUCCUUUUAGUUUUUUACUUUUAAAUUUCCUCUCUGUGUUUGAGGUGGCUAAUGUUUAUGCAAGAAGCAGAAGUCUAUGAGGUGCCAGUUAUUCAUAUCUAAUGGCAAAUCUGAUAUGACCAGGAAAUGCUGAAGGAAGUAUUUCCAGGACGGCUGCGUGUUGCAUGAACUCGUAUUGGACACAGCUUUCUUUUUAUGGAACCACUGCACCUCUACGGUUUAAAAUAUAUUUGUGCUCCAUCAAUAAUUACUGUUAAUGUACUGAUACCUUUAAUACUUUUUAAUUAAUGUAAUUGGUUACUGUAUUCUUAUUCUGAGCACAUCGUGGAAGGCUUAAUUGGAGACAAUCCUUGGGCAUGUUUGAAGCAGGAUGAUCUAUGUUUCUACCAUAUUUGUGUUUCCUCUUUGGAAAGGUCCACCUUCUCCUACUUAUGAGUCUUGUAAACGCAUUUCUGCAUUUCACUCAAAAUCAGUUAUUUUGAAGUGUGCACUAUUGUAUAUCCUAUAUGAUAUUGCCUUUUGUACUUAGCAAAAAAACCUUUUUUGUGAUUAUAGCCUUGUAUCAAAAUUUCAUAGCUUAGAUUAGAAGAUGGCUAAUUACUUGACUCCUGAUUGUCCAUCAGAUGUUGCCGCUAAUCAUCUUUGGACAGGAUGCCAGCAUGGCAGAAGCAGAAGCUUGAUGUUGGGGCCAGGUGACUUUUCAGAGUUUCACAUUUUACUUGAGCAUACCGAAGUAAAAUGGAGGAUGGAAUGGCGUUUGUGAUAAGGGUUUUCUGCCCCUAUGCCUCAGUGUCGUUUUGGGACAAAUGCAUUUUGAAAAAUUAUGAUUCUUCAUUUGUGAAAUGUCUGCAGACUGAGCGAGGAGUCUGAGUAUCUGGGAUUGCGGGUGUCCUGGUUAAAGAGCAAGAUCCAGGCAUUUAAUGACUUCUUAGGCACAGCCAUGAGUAGUGUGCCUGCCUGCAGGGAGAAUGACGACCUCGUUGAGAGAUUCACAUACCUCAGCAGCAACAUUCAUGUCUCUGGUGACUUCCUAUGAGGUCAGACGGAUUGGAAGAGCAUGGGGGGUCAUGAGGUCGCUGGAUAGGGGUGUGUGGCACUCCUGAUGUCUUUGCAAGAGGACGAAGGU